AUGACUCCCGAACAGUUGCAAUACGGCGUGAACAAAAUGCAAUGGUAUUGCGAAAAGUUUGGUGGCGAAAGCCGAGUGAUGCCAAUGAUUAGCAGACUCUCUUCUGUCUUUGAAUCGAUUGGGUUGCCGACAUAUUCUUUGGAGGGCAACACGGGGCCGACCCUGGACGGCCACAGACUCGCGCACUUCAUGAAGGAAGAGUAUUCUCAAUCGCAUCAAGAUGUUUUUAUGGAUACAAUCAUGAUCGAUUAUUUCUGCAACUCAAAAGCGCCGUGCGAUGAAACCGCAUUAUUAGCGGCGUGCGAAAAAUCUUUUGAGGCGAAUACGAGCGCAAACGCGGAAGAGCAAAAAGCCAAUCUCGCGCGUGCCGAGGAAGUUUUGCGGGAUAAGUCAAAAUAUCGAGACGAAGUUCUAGCGCAGGUGAGGGACGUUCAAGGUCGCAUCAGUGGCGUUCCUCACUUUAUAAUUCGAAACGAGGAUACCAAAAAGAAAGUCGAAUUUUCAGGCGCUCAACCAGUGGAGACGUUUCUUGAUGCUUUUGAGGAGCUCGGCGGCGAAGGAUUGGAGUUGCAGUAA